UUAAAAAUAUCUACAGAGAGGGUGAGCGUCCAAAGUGUACAGCUCAAUCCAUUUUCACAAGGGAACAUACACCCAUCUAGGACCAGGAAAUAGAACCCAGAUGAGGAAAUAUGGAACAUUACCAGCCCCCCGGAAACCUUCUUGUGUCCCCUUCCAGUAACUACUCCCAAAGGGUAACUAGUAUUCUGACUUCUAUCACCAUAGAUGAGUUUUGCCUGUUUUUGAACUUCACAUCAAGGGAACCAUACAUAGGUCCUCUCUUGUGGUAUUGCUUCUUCUUUAUGUCUGUAGGAUUCAUCCAUAUUUUUGUGUGCAGAUGUAUACUGUUCGUUCUUUUUGCUGUAUAGCAUUCCAUUAUCUACUGAUGGGCAUUUGGGUAGUUUCCAGGGUUGUUUUAGUUUUUUAUAGGCGAGUGACUUGAACUUGUUUAAGGCUUGCGGAGGAAGUCUGAAACACUCAUUGUCUAUGAGAAGGAAGAAAGAUGAGUAGGGCCACACGUGAGGAUUUCCUGGGUAGGAAAUGAGAACCUGGCUGAGGUUGAGAGAAUUUCUCUGUGGUUCCAGCUCAGCUGCUGUGCAAAGACCUCUGGCGGCUCCUGCCAUUGUGUGCAGGUGUAGAGAAAGCAGGGCAUUGGGUCGCCCAGGGUUGUUUUCUGCCGGGUAGGAGAGAAGCACAGAGUGCUAGGCAUAUUAGCAGCAGGUGAGCUAUGGAGUGUGGUGCCUGUGGAUCUAGGCUGGGGAGAAGGAUGUGCAGGAGAGAGAAGGAUGUGCAGGGGAGAGAAGGAUGUGCAGGGAAGAGAAGGUGGGAGGGAGCUGGCAGAGAGAAAGGAAGCCAAUUGUGAGCUCUGUGCAGGAUGGUGUCUGUGAAAUUCCGGGCUGUAUCUCCAGUGACUGGCACAUGUUUGGCACAGAGUUGCCACUCAGUGAAUAGUUGAAUAAAUGAGCUGAGGUUUCAAGAGGUCUCAGGUAGAAGACAGUGUAGGUGGGGGUGAUGCAGAGAGCCUUAAGGUUGGCAUCAUUGUGGUUGCAAUUUAGGAAAGGGGCACUCCAGAGCCGGUGGGCGGGGGGGGGGGAGGUCAGUGUGGGGCGUGCAGACUGGGACGGGAGCAGAAAGGUCAGUGUGGGGCGUGCAAUCCACAGGAAUAGUUGCUAGUGUAGGGUGCAGAGCACCUGGUCUUCAAGGAGAGAGAGGAGGAUAGCACAUUUCAAACUGGGGUCCUUGGGUAUCUUGCAUCUGAUUCUAUAGGGGGGUGGUGGGCUUGUUGGAAAUGCUGACCCCUGGGCCCACUCCAGGCUCUUGGGGAGAAAAUAAGCAGAACUGAGCAACAAGGAGCAGGAGUAUUUAUGGGUUAAGGGAGCACCCAGCCCUUCCAAUGCCCACUGGAGUUUGGGCAUGAUAGCCUCUAUUCAGGCUGGAGGUGGAUGAGGGAAACUCAAGGAAAAAAUACUCAGGGUGGGAAAGGGCCAACACCAAGGGGAUUCAGCCGUGUGAGCCGGUGGCCAGAAGGAUGGGGGCCUCGCCGUAGGAUGCAGCUUCUACCAGAGAGGUAGCCCUGGCUGGGCACUGGGACCUGAUCCUCUUCCCUAGGGCCUGAGGGUGGGGAGGAUGUGCCUAGAAUGAGCACCUCCUCUGUGGAUGGGGUAGUCCAUGGGCUAUGGGACUCUGAACCCAGUUCCUUCUCUGCUUCCUUCUUGGGGCAGCAACACAUAAUAUGAGCUUGGUCCAGUCCCACACUUUUAGCCUCUUUCUCUUCCCAGCUUCCCAGACGCCUCAUGCUCAGUGCCUGACUCUGCCCUCUAUUGGCACAGGCCAUCCACUCGGCACCCACAGUCCUUCCUUCUACUCCCUCAGCCCCACUUUCCAGUCUGCAUACUCAGAACCCCAACUCCCAGCCUUGUGUGUGCUCAGCCCUCUAAUACCCCUCAACAGCCACUCUACGAGCCCCUUAUUCUAACUGCAUCCAAUCCAGCCUCCACUCAGGGUCUUCAUUCUGUUUAUCCCUCCUUAUUCACCGCCGGGCUCAAUUCCCUUUACCCAAACUCCGAACCCCACCUGAGAAGACCCACUUCAGUCUCCUCCCCGAAGGGAGCCCCCAAUACCCCUCCCAGAGGCCGCUCAGUCUGAGCGGUGCCCCCGCCCCGUGGUCCAGCCGGUCCCGCCCAUCCCGGCGGGCUGAGUCAGGCGGCAGGAACUGGGCGGGGGGCGGCGCUGGGAGGAGCUGAAGCCCGAGCCAGAGUCGCUGGGAGCAAGCGCGGAGCCCAGCUCGACCAGCACCUAGUGGCCCUGGGCCUGUGGGGACGUAGGGGUGGGAGGGCAAACGCAGGGGGUGGGGAGCUGUCCUGGAUCUACCAUGAGUGCCAAGAAGAGAGGGAGCCCCGCGCGGACUCAUUCCAUGAUGUCCCUGUCGGUGCGGCCGCAGCGCCGCCUGCUCAGCGCCCGGGUCAAUAGGAGCCAGUCCUUCGCAGGCGUCCUCGGCAGCCAGGAGCGGGGCCCCAGGAGCUUCCCGGCCUUCAGUCCCCCGGGGCCCCCACGGAAGCCCCCAGCGCUCUCCCGAGUGUCCAGGAUGUUUUCCGUGGCGCACCCAGCCCCUAAGGUCCCACAGCCUGAGCGGCUGGACCUGGUGUACACUGCGCUCAAGCAGGGCCUGACGGCCUAUUUGGAAGUGCACCAGCAAGAACAGGAGAAACUCCAGGGACAGAUUAGGGAGUCCAAGAGGAAUUCCCGGCUGGGCUUUCUGUAUGACUUGGACAAGCAAGUCAAGUCCAUUGAACGCUUCCUGCGACGGUUGGAGUUCCAUGCCAGCAAGAUUGAUGAGCUAUAUGAAGCAUACUGUGUCCAGCGGCGUCUCCGGGAUGGCGCCUACAACAUGAUCCGUGCCUACAGCACUGGGUCUCCAGGGAGCCGAGAGGCCCGGGACAGCCUGGCCGAAGCCACUCGAGGGCAUCGCGAGUACACAGAGAGCAUGUGUCUGCUGGAGAGUGAGCUGGAAGCACAGCUGGGCGAGUUCCAUCUCCGGAUGAAAGGGCUGGCUGGCUUCGCCAGGCUGUGUGUGGGGGAUCAGUAUGAGAUCUGCAUGAAAUAUGGGCGUCAACGCUGGAAACUACGGGGCCGGAUUGAGGGUAGCGGAAAGCAGGUGUGGGACAGCGAGGAAACCGUCUUUCUUCCUCUGCUCACGGAAUUCCUGUCUAUCAAGGUGACAGAACUGAAGGGUCUGGCCAACCAUGUGGUUGUAGGCAGUGUCUCCUGUGAGACCAAGGACCUGUUUGCUGCCCUGCCCCAAGUUGUGGCUGUGGACAUCAAUGACCUCGGCACCAUCAAGCUCAGCCUGGAAGUCACAUGGAGCCCUUUCGACAAGGAUGACCAGCCCUCAACUGCUUCCACUGUCAACAAGGCCUCCACAGUCACCAAGCGCUUCUCCACCUAUAGCCAGAGCCCACCAGACACGCCCUCACUUCGGGAACAGGCCUUUUAUAAUAUGCUGAGGCGGCAGGAGGAGCUGGAGAAUGGGACGGCAUGGUCCUUGUCAUCCGAAUCUUCAGACGACUCAUCCAGCCCCCAGCUUUCAGGCAUUGCCCGCCACUCUUCAGCUCCCAGGCCUCUGGUGCAGCAACCUGAACCUCUACCCAUUCAAGUCGCCUUCCGUAGGCCUGAGACCCCCACCUCUGCACCUGUGGAUGAAGAGGGGAUCAUGGCCCCAGCCCUGGCCAAUGGCCAUGCCCCCUAUAGCCGGACUCUGAGCCACAUCAGUGAGGCCAGUGUGGAUGCUGCCUUGGCUGAGGCUUCUGUGGAGGCUCUGGGCCUAGAAUGCUUAGCUCAGGGACCUAGCCUGCCUGCACACCUAGAUCCCACCCAUGGGGAGCAACCUGGUCCUGUCCCUCCUGCUGUGGACCCUUGCCAUUCUGCCACAAGCCUUACCCUCAGUACAACAGGCCCCACCCACAUAUCUACAGACCCUGCUUUGUCUGCACACCUAGAUUUGGUUCACAAGAUCACAGACUCUAGCUCUUCUGAACUGCCAGGCCCUACCCACACCAUCAGAGGAUCUGCCUAUAAUGACAUCAGCCUUACCCAAAGUGCUCCAAGCCUCACUCAUACUACCACAGCUUCCACCCACAAGCCCAUGGUCUCUACCCUCACCACUACAAGCCCUACUCCCAGUGCCACAGCCCCAGUCCAGACCACCACAAGUCCCACCCACAAGCCAAUGCUUUGCACCCUCACUACUGAAGGUCCUACCCCCAAUACUACAGGCCCAGUCCAGACCACCACAAGCCCCAUCCACACUACAACAAGCCCUACCCAUACCACUGCAAGCCUCACCCAAACCACUAUAAGCCCCACCCACACUACUGCAAGCCCCACCCAUGCCACUACAAGCCCCACCCAUGCAAGUACAAGCCCUGCUCACAAAGCCAGGAUGUCAACUCACACCACUACAAGUCCUACCCCCAAGGCUAAGGACCCAGUCCAGACCACUAGGAGCCCCACCCAUCCUGUCACAAGCCCCACCCUUAUAACUGUAAGCUCUUCCACUUUUCUAGACCAUGCCAUGCUUCCCAGCUCCUCUGCAAAGGCAGACCCUACCCUCCCAGGCACCAACACCCAGUCUUGUAGCUACCCAUUUUCCACUCCUUGCACUCAGGCAGACCCCGUAGCCCCCAGCACCUCCUACCCAAGUCCUGCCUGUUCCAGUUGCGAACCCCUCACAAGUCCAUCCCCAGAUUCCCCAGAACCGGACCUUCAGAAUCCAAGUCCCCCUCUCUCACCCGUAGCCCCUGUGGCCCAGCAUUUAGAUCUUAGCCUGGCUGUGGCCACUCAGGCCCCAGUUCCAGGAGCAGCUGGAGGGGCUGGGGAUAGGAGGCUGGAAGAGGCACUAGGGGCCCUAAUGGCUGCCCUGGAUGACUAUCGUGGCCAGUUCCCUGAGCUGCAGGGCCUAGAGCAGGAGGUGACCCGGCUGGAGAGUCUGCUCAUGCAGAAACAAGGCCUCACUCGCAGCCGGGCCUCCAGCCUUAGUAUCACUGUGGAGCAUGCCCUGGAGAGCUUCAGCUUCCUCAAUGAGGAUGAAGAUGAAGACAUCGAUAGUCCUGGAGACAGGCCCCCAAACAGCCUGGAGCCUGGGGCUGAGGACAGCCUUGACUUACCCAGUGCCCGCCCCCUCAGCACGGAGUGUCCAGCUCUGGACGCUGCCUUGGUCCAGCACCUGUACCACUGCAGCCGCCUCCUGCUGAAACUGGGCACAUUUGGGCCCCUGCGCUGCCAGGAGGCAUGGGCCCUGGAGCGGCUGCUGAGGGAAGCCAGAGUGCUAGAGGCCGUAUGUGAGCUUAGCAGACGAUGGGAAGUACCUGCCACCUCUGCCCAGGAAGUGGUGCAGUUCUCAGCCUCUCGGCCCAGCUUCCUCACCUUCUGGGACCAGUGCACAGAGGGACUCAGCCCCUUCAUCUGCCCCGUAGAGAGAGUGCUCCUCACCUUCUGCAAUCAAUACAGUGCCCGUCUCUCCCUGCGCCAGCCAGGCCUAGCUGAGGCUGUGUGUGUCAAGUUCCUGGAGGAUGCCCUGGGGCAGAAGCUGCCCAGGAGGCCCCAGACAGGCCCUGGAGAGCAGUUCACCAUCUUCCAGUUCUGGAGUUAUGUCGAAGCCUUGGACAGCCCCUCUAUGGAGGCCUAUGUGACUGAGACCGCCGAGGAGGUGUUACUGGUGCGGAAUUUGAAUUCAGAUGACCAAGCUGUUGUGCUGAAGGCCCUGAGGUUGGCUCCUGAGGGGAGACUGCAAAGGGAUGGGCUUCGGGCCCUCAGCUCCCUGCUUGUCCAUGGCAACAACAAGGUCAUGGCUGCUGUCAGCACCCAGCUCCGGAGCCUGUCACUGGGCCCCGUCUUUAGGGAAAGGGCCCUACUGUGCUUCCUGGACCAACUCGAGGAUGAGGAUGUACAGACAAGAGUGGCUGGUUGCCUGGCCCUGGGCUGUAUCAAGGCUCCUGAGGGCAUUGAGCCCCUGGUGUACCUGUGCCAAACGGACACAGAAGCUGUGAGGGAAGCCGCUCGACAGAGCCUGCAACAGUGUGGGGAAGAGGGACAGUCUGCCCAUCGACGGCUGGAGGAAUCACUGGACGCCCUGCCCCGCAUCUUUGGGCCUGGCAGCAUGGCCAGCACAGCAUUCUAAAUUUCCUACCCACUGGCUUCCGGUGCCCCUUCCUCUCACUUUCAGGGCUCACCAGGCACUGGCAGGGAGGGUGAGGGCUGGCUCCAGACACCUCUCCCCCACAGAUUCCUAUCAAUGAAAAUCUAAUAUAUUCUUCUGUUGCCCUUGGGUUGGUAGAGUCAGUGCCUGAAGUCAAGUGCCUCCCAGCCUCGGCUCAGCACACUUGCCACAAAUCAGUGUCCUGCCACAUCCCUUGGUUUUAUAUUUUAUUUACAGAGUUUUACAGAAAAUAAAAAAGCAAAAUGCCUUUCCUA